UUCCAUCACAGUCCAAGCCUCCUAUUCUAUUCUUCCACUGCUCGUCAUAGCACUCUACCACCAACAACACUUCGAUACCUCCAUUCAUCAUGCAGUUCUCCUCGGUUGUCACCUUUGCUCUGCUGUGCGCUGCAGCCACUGCGUCCUCCCUCAACGCCGGCGCCAAUCAGUUGGACAAGCGGCUCUUUUGCAACGACCCAACAUGCAACACCCAGUGUCAGAAUGCCAAUGCCCUUAGUGGACAAUGCGGUGGGACAGAGGACCUCCGCUGCAUCUGCACCUACACGCGGCCGCUAGCUGACGCAAAAGAUGCUGCUGCCCCUGCUGCCCCGGCCGGUGCUGGUGCCCCUGCCGCCGGUCCCUGAAGGAUCUUAUUUUUUGGCGACAAGACUUUGGGCGUGGCCACUGCAUGACACGCCUGGUUCAUCUUCUACCAUCUUGAUCACUCAUUUGUGUUAAUUAAUAAUUAAUAUCUUAUUCCC